GAAGUAGCCAUGCGUAGAGAGGAGUUUCAGCUGAGAUUUUUCAUGUGCGUGAUUGAGUCUCGCCAAGUAGUCAGGACUACUCAGAGCACAGCGGGGGAAGCUUCAACCUCCAACAUGACCAUACCGGAGUCAAAGGCAGAUGACCAGUGGAGACUAGACGGUAUGGAUGAUGAUCCAAGCACCGUGGGACCUGUAUCUAUUCCUGACACUGGUGAGGCCUAGUGGAUCAUGACCCAUGAAGAGCAUCAUGCAGCCAAAACCCUGGGGAUCGGCAAGGCCAUCGCCGUGUUGACCUCUGGUGGAGAUGCCCAAGGUAUGAAUGCUGCCGUCAGGGCUGUGGUCCGAGUUGGUAUCUUCACGGGCGCCCGCGUCUUCUUUGUCCAUGAGGGUUACCAAGGCCUGGUGGACGGUGGCGAGCACAUCAGGGAGGCCACGUGGGAGAGCGUGUCUAUGAUGCUUCAGCUGGGUGGCACAGUGAUUGGAAGUGCCCGAUGCAAGGACUUCCGAGAGCGAGAAGGACGACUCCGGGCCGCCCACAACCUGGUGAAGCGGGGGAUCACCAAUCUGUGUGUCAUCGGAGGCGAUGGCAGCCUCACUGGGGCUGACACUUUCCGUUCAGAGUGGAGCGACUUGCUGAAUGAUCUCCAGAAAGACGGGAAGAUCACAGCCGAGGAGGCUACAAAGUCCAGCUACCUGAACAUCGUGGGCCUGGUUGGCUCAAUCGACAAUGACUUCUGUGGCACUGAUAUGACCAUUGGUACCGACUCUGCCCUGCACAGGAUUGUGGAGAUCGUAGACGCCAUCACCACCACGGCUCAGAGCCACCAGAGGACGUUUGUGUUAGAAGUGAUGGGCCGCCACUGUGGAUACCUGGCCCUUGUCACCUCUCUGUCCUGUGGGGCCGACUGGGUUUUUAUUCCUGAGUGUCCGCCAGACGAUGACUGGGAAGAACACCUUUGUCGCCGGCUCAGUGAGACAAGGACCCGUGGCUCUCGUCUCAACAUCAUCAUUGUUGCUGAAGGUGCCAUCGACAAGAACGGGAAGCCAAUCACCUCAGAAGACAUCAAGAACCUGGUGGUGAAGCGCCUUGGAUAUGACACCCGGGUCACUGUUCUGGGACAUGUACAGCGGGGUGGGACACCAUCAGCCUUUGACCGGAUCCUGGGCAGCAGGAUGGGUGUGGAAGCAGUGAUGGCACUUUUGGAGGGGACCCCAGACACCCCAGCCUGUGUGGUGAGCCUCUCUGGUAACCAGGCUGUGCGUUUGCCCCUCAUGGAGUGCGUGCAGGUGACCAAAGACGUGACCAAGGCUAUGGAUGAGAAGAGAUUUGAUGAAGCCAUUAAGCUGAGAGGCCGGAGCUUCAUGAACAACUGGGAGGUAUACAAGCUUCUAGCUCAUGUCAGACCCCCAGUCUCUAAGGGUGGGUUGCACACAGUGGCCGUGAUGAAUGUGGGGGCCCCAGCUGCUGGCAUGAAUGCCGCUGUUCGCUCUACCGUGAGGAUUGGCCUUAUCCAGGGCAACCGGGUGCUGGUCGUACAUGAUGGCUUUGAGGGUCUGGCCAAAGGUCAGAUUGAGGAGGCUGGCUGGAGCUAUGUUGGAGGCUGGACUGGUCAAGGUGGUUCCAAACUUGGUACUAAAAGGACUCUCCCCAAGAAGAACCUGGAACAGAUCAGUGCCAACAUAACCAAGUUUAACAUCCAGGGCCUUGUCAUCAUUGGGGGCUUUGAGGCUUACACAGGGGGCUUGGAGCUGAUGGAAGGCAGGAAGCAGUUUGAUGAGCUCUGCAUCCCGUUUGUGGUCAUUCCGGCCACGGUUUCCAAUAACGUCCCUGGGUCAGACUUCAGCAUCGGGGCUGACACAGCACUGAACACCAUCUGCACGACUUGUGACCGAAUCAAGCAGUCUGCAGCAGGCACCAAACGUCGGGUGUUUAUCAUCGAGACUAUGGGUGGCUACUGUGGCUACCUGGCCACCAUGGCAGGGCUGGCCGCUGGGGCUGAUGCUGCCUACAUUUUUGAGGAACCCUUCACCAUUCGCGAUCUCCAGGUGAAUGUUGAACAUCUGGUGCAGAAGAUGAAAACAACUGUGAAGAGAGGCCUGGUGCUGAGGAAUGAGAAAUGCAAUGAGAACUACACUACUGACUUCAUUUUCAACCUGUACUCUGAGGAGGGGAAGGGCAUCUUUGAUAGCAGGAAGAACGUGCUUGGCCACAUGCAGCAGGGUGGAAGCCCAACUCCCUUUGACAGGAAUUUUGCCACUAAGAUGGGUGCUAAGGCUAUGAACUGGAUGUCUGGGAAAAUCAAGGAGAGUUACCGUAAUGGACGGAUCUUUGCCAACACCCCUGACUCAGGCUGCGUUCUGGGGAUGCGUAAGAGGGCCCUGGUCUUUCAGCCAGUAACUGAGCUGAAGGACCAGACAGACUUUGAACACCGAAUCCCCAAAGAACAGUGGUGGCUGAAGCUGAGGCCAAUCCUCAAAAUCCUAGCCAAGUACGAGAUUGAUCUGGACACCUCCGACCACGCCCACCUGGAGCACAUUUCAAGGAAACGGUCUGGAGAAGCCGCCGUCUAGACCUCUCUGGAGUGAGGGGGAAAGAUCAUGUGACCAUGGUCAGCUCACACCCUGGUAGAUCAUGGCUUCUCAGUGUUCUAGCCCAGCCCCUCCCCUUCUAGGUUUCCCUGUACUCCAUGCCUGCAACCAGGAUCAGCUGUGGCCAGGAGCUGGAGGAGGGGCGGUGAGUGACUCUCCUAGGUGGCUGUCCUUCCUCCCUUCCACUCCAGCUUCAUCGGUCACACAGGCUGGGUCUCUCUAGUGCUACGGCUAGAUUUCAGCUACUCAAGAGUUUUCCUAAAAAUAAGCUUUAUUUAUUUCUUUGUGAUAACAAAGAGUCUUAGGUCCCUUUACUCGCACCACAGUGAUGAAGUGUAACUACACUAAUAAAUGCCAGCUGGCCACUGUG